CUGGCGACUGUAACCCACCAACAACAACAACCUCGCUCCAUCACACCACCUUCACCAUCCACAUUCUCAUCAACCCUCUAGUCCUCAGCCCAGGCGCCAUGCAGACUCCUGAGGCAGGCGCGGACACCACGUCGACUGCCCCCCUCCAGAGCGCAGGUCCGCCGCAGCCUGCUGUCUCUGCCCAGCAGGGGGCGCCACAGGGGCCCGUCCAGCAGCAGACGCACCAGCAGCAGGUGCAGCAUGUCUACCCAGCGCAGGUCCAGUACGUAGAGGAGAACAGCGGCGUCUACACCAAUGGAGCCAUCCGGACGUACUCGUACUCAGAGCCUCAGCUCUACAGCCAGAACAGCGGAGGCGCGUACUUCGACACGCAGGGCCCGUCGCAGGUGACCGCGGUGGUGACGUCCCACGGCAUGGCGGCCGGCGGGGACGGGGGCCUGACCAUGGAGCUCACGGGCGGACAGAUCAUCAGCAGCUCUGGGACCUACAUCGUGGGGGCGGCCUCCAUGGACAACUCCUCCCCCCACCCCGCCGUCCAGCCCACCAGAGCCUCGCCUGCCACUAUUGAAAUGGCGAUUGAGACACUCCAAAAGUCUGAAGGCUUAUCCACCCAACGGAGUUCGCUGCUCAACAGCCAUCUGCAGUGGCUGCUGGAUAACUACGAGACGGCGGAGGGGGUGAGCCUCCCGCGGUCGACGCUGUACAACCACUACCUGCGUCACUGUCAGGAGCAGCGGCUGGACCCGGUCAACGCCGCCUCCUUCGGCAAGCUCAUCCGCUCCAUCUUCAUGGGGCUGCGCACCCGGCGCCUUGGCACCCGAGGGAACUCAAAGUACCACUACUACGGGAUCCGUGUGAAGCCGGACUCUCCUCUGAACCGCCUGCAGGAGGACAUGCAGUACAUGGCUCUGAGACAGCAACCCGUGCAGCAGAAACAGAGCUCCUGUCAAACGUGUCCAGACAGUCACCUCUCUUUCAAAGGGGUCAUCUCCCAGCCUGCCAGCUGUACUUCUAGGUUGAAGCCGGUGCACAAGGUGGACGGCGCAGGAGCCGACAGCCUCUCCGGGAGCAGCCAGCACACAGCCAGCGCUGCGGAGCAGACCGUCAUCGCGCAGAGCCAGCACCAUCAGCAGUUCCUGGAUGCCUCCCGGACACUUCCGGACUUCGCAGAGCUGGACCUGGGUGACACGGAUAUGGAGCUCAUCACCCCAGAGGAUGUCAAAACGCUUCAGGUGCUCUACAGAGAGCACUGCGAGGCCAUCCUGGACGUGCUGGUGAACCUGCAGUUCAGCCUCAUAGAGAAGCUGUGGCAGACAUUUUGGCGUUAUUCUCCCUCCACCUCCGUAGAGGGCGCCACCAUCACCGAGAACAGUGGGUUGAGCGAGAUCGAGGGGCGCCUGCCCCGCCCCAGGCUGCUGACGCUGUGCAGGAACGAGGCCGUGCUGAAGUGGAUGAGUGCCUGCGAUCACGUGAUGUACCAGGCCCUGGUGGAGGUCCUGAUUCCGGAUGUGCUCAGACCCAUUCCUAGUGCCUUGACUCAAGCCAUCCGCAACUUUGCCAAAAGCCUGGAGGGCUGGCUAAACAGUGCCAUGGGCGCCAUCCCCCAGAAGAUGGUCCAGACCAAGGUUGCUGCUGUUAGUGCCUUUGCGCAGACCCUGCGCAGAUACACGUCCCUGAACCACCUGGCGCAGGCAGCCCGCGCCGUGCUGCAGAACACCUCCCAGAUCAACCAGAUGCUCAGUGACCUCAACCGCGUUGACUUCGCAAACGUGCAGGAGCAGGCCUCGUGGGUGUGCCAGUGCGAGGAAGGCGUGGUCCAGCGUCUGGAGCAGGACUUCAAGGCCACUCUGCAGCAGCAGAGCUCCCUGGAGCAGUGGGCCGCCUGGCUGGACAACGUGGUCAGCCAGGUGCUGAAGCCCUGCGAGGGCAGGCCCAGCCUCCCCAAGGCCGCUCGCCAGUUCCUGCUGAAGUGGUCCUUCUACAGCUCCAUGGUGAUCCGGGACCUCACCCUGCGCAGCGCGGCGAGCUUCGGGUCCUUCCACCUGAUCCGCCUGCUGUACGACGAGUACAUGUUCUACCUGGUGGAGCACCGCGUCGCCCAGGCAACCGGCGAGACGCCCAUCGCCAUCAUGGGGGAGUUUGAUGACCUCAACACCAUGUCACCUACUAACAUUGACAAAGACGAGGUGAGCGAGAUGGAGAGUGAGGCAGAGGACGAGGUGGAGGACUGCGGAGAGCCCCUGGCCAAGCGCGAGAAGGUGGAGGUGAUCCAGGUGCUGCAGGUGGGGGCGCUGGACGGGGGGGGCGGCACGGUGGUGGGGGUGGUGCAGCCGGGCGUGCUCAGCCCGCUCCCCCAGGCAGCCAGCGGGCACACGGAGCACAUCCUCACCCCCACCAUCCGCCACUGCAGCUCCACCGGGAGCACCUACACCUCUGUCUGA